AUGUCUUACUUCGAAGCUCAUCCGUAUUCAUCUUCUAAUGAUGCAUCUCCUUCUUCACCUGUAUCAACUAUCCUCUCUGGAUACAGCACCCCUGCUUCUGAGAUCGACGAGCCUACAUCCUUCAUUUCGGAUGGACCCAAUGCUCGCCGAUCCCAGUACGUUCUUGUCGUUGGCGGUCUAGGAUACAUUGGCAGUCAUACGUCAUUGGAACUCCUCAGAGCCGGGUUCAAUGUUGUCAUUGUUGACAAUUUGGACAAUUCGUACCUGUCAACACUGGACCGCAUCAAGGAGCUGCGAGAUGAUCACUACCGAAACUCUUCAUGGAAUCCAUCUCUUACGUUCCACGAAGCCGACUAUCGAAACGAGCACGCCAUGUCUGUCAUUCUCAAACGGUAUAGCGCUGGACUGUCGGGAUCCGUCAUCGAGGGCGUCAUCCACUUCGCUGCUCACAAGGCUGUUUCCGAAAGUAUCCAGCAGCCACUGCGGUACUAUUCCAACAACGUCGCAGGCAUGGUCACCUUCUGCACGUUAUUGGACAGCCUGAACAUCAAGAACCUUAUCUUUUCUUCUUCCGCCGCCGUUUAUGGUGAAGUGACAUCCGAGGUUGGGCUGCGGAUAAGCGAGAAUCAUUGCCUUCACGAAACCCGGGAUUGGCUUGAUGCUGCAGGAAAGAAGCAAGUCACGCAAGGCGGCUGCACGGCGAUCUCAAAUCCCGACGGUCGUUCUAAAUGGAUGUGCGAGGCUAUUUUGAAUGACUUAGCGGUCUCAGACCCAGAGUGGUCCAUUGUGGCUUUGCGCUACUUCAACCCCAUAGGCUGCGAUGCUUCUGGCAAGCUAGGAGAAUACCCUAGGACAGAACCCAGCAAUCUCAUGCCUAGCCUGCUUCGAGUCAUGAACGGACAGAUGCCGCAUCUCAAGAUCUUCGGCACGGACUGGGAUACCAGGGAUGGUACGGCAAUGCGCGACUUUAUCCAUGUCAGCGAUCUGGCGUUGGGCCAUGUUGCUGCUCUCAAAGCGGUUGGUGAGUCGCGGCUGGAACCAGGAUUCCACACGUACAACCUAGGCACCGGCGAUGGUAGCUCGGUCAAGGAAAUUGUGACAGCAAUGCAAACCUGUUCAGGAAAGGUCAUAGAAACGCAGGAGGUUGGACGUCGUGCGGGUGACGUAGGCGUUGUUGUGGCUGACCCCACGAGGGCAGCUAUAGAGCUCGAGUGGAAGACGGCAAAGUCGAUCGAAAACUGCUGCCAGGAUCUGUGCCGCUUUCUUCAGAUUGAUGCGUCUGCGGCAUGUAGUUGA